GUUGAAUCAUAAUUAGUGUAGCGUGCACUUUAAACAGACUAAAUAAAUAAAUAUAUUUCUUAUUUUUAACCUUUGUAAUGCAUAACCCGAAAGUACAGUAUUGUAAUUAAGUGAAUAAAUUGUUUUUUUAAAAAAUCGUUAUCGGCUUACGGAUUGAUAACUCAUGGUGUAACUAAUUUAAAAAGAAGUGGAAGGAUAUCAUGCCAAAUUUGGCAACGCAAAUGCAAGACAUGUUUUAAGCAGUGGCGUUCCGCCCAUAUUGGGGCAAGGUGGGCACCGGCACCCUGGAGAAAAAAUGGAAACAUAAAAAAUGCUUUUAAUACAAUAUGUAAAAAGGCCGCCACUUUGAAAAUCUAAAAAAAAAUCGCCUACAGCUGUUUUUUAUUUUUGUCGCCCGCCCUUAAUUGGACACCACAAGCCGCCAGCCGCCACUGGUUUCAAAAACAAAAAAAUAUAAUUAUUUGAAGGCCGAUAAUGCAAUAAAAUAAUGACUUUGUUAUUGUGUCUCAUUCCAAUUUGCAAUCGUGAAAUUUUAAUUGUUAUUCAACGGCAUAGUUUGGUUACCUACCUGCAAACAAGACUAGAAUCUUUAAUUUUGAAACUUGUUUAACUUGUUUAACCUACCUAGAUUAUUAUUUGACUAUUUUAGUUCUUAUUCAACUUUUAACACGGUUGCUUAAAUAAUGUAUUCAAUAUCUUCAGUUUUAAUUGGAUGUUUGAUAAUUUUUUACAUAAUAUUUCUAUGGAAAAACUGGAAAUAUGUAAAAUUUUCUUGGAAAGUUAACGGUUUUUUUUUGCCCGUCUUACCAUUUAUUGGGAACACUUACAUCAGUUUAUUAACUGGCAAAAAAAUAAAUCCAAUUAGUUUGGCCGAAAUAGCUCAUAAAAUUGUUGGAUUACCGGUCAGUUUCUGGUUCGGACACCAAUACAAUUACCUCACGAGCGAUUUGAAUGAUGCAAAAAUAAUAUUAAACCAUCCAAAAUGCUAUGACAAAGCCGCGAUUUAUGAUAGUUUAAGAUAUUAUUUUGGAGAUGGACUUAUUUUGGCACCUUAUGAUAUAUGGAAACUACACAGACGACAUUUUCUUAAAAGUUUCAAGCCUAAAAUGCUCAAAACAUAUUAUGCAAUCCAGUACAGGCAAAGUUGUAAUCUAGUUCAAGAGCUAAAGCACGAAAAAUGUCUCGAAAACAUAUACGAGUAUUUUAAUACAUAUUCUUUUACCAGUUUCUUUGUAGGUACCCUGGGGCUUGCUGAAGACGAAAUGUUUGCCGACAUGGGACGUAUCGGACAAAUAGUCAGCGAGGUACAAGAAUUAUUGAAUGAAUUAAUAUUAAAUCCAGUUGUCCCGGCUAAAAUUUGGUCCAAAUGGUUUCCAGCAGGAAAAGCAGUAGACAAGCUUAUCAAUGAAGGAACCACCUAUGCCAAGGAAAUUAUCAAGAAAAAAAAGGAACAACACAAAGAUAUUAUUUCCUUUGUUGAAAAUAAUAAUGAAGUUAGCCUAAUGGAUUUGCUGUUAACAGUCGAUAAUCAAAUUUUAAGUGACACAGAAAUAUUUAAUGAAUUGAUGUUACUUACUGUUGCAUCUACUGACACUACAGGAUUCACACUAGGCAGUUGCUUCAUUUUAUUAGCAAUUUAUCCAGACAUUCAAGAAAAAGUCUAUAAAGAAAUAAUAGAUACACUUGCCGAUUCAUAUGAAGACAUUACAAAUCUUAAAUAUACUGAAGCAGUGCUUUGGGAAACUCUAAGACUAUUUCCACCAGGUCCGUUUAUAGGCAGAAAAUGUCUUGCAGAUAUAGAUUUAGGCGGAAAAGUGCUUCCCGCAGGUGCUUCAUGCCUAAUAAGUGCUUAUCAUAUUCACAGAGACGCGGCAAAUUGGGUCGAGCCUUUGAAAUUUGACCCUGCGAGAUUUCUUCCAGAGAAUCAAUCUAAAAUAAAACCGUAUUCUUUCCUAGGAUUUUCUGCAGGACCAAGAGAUUGCAUUGGCAAAGGGCUAUCGAUGAUGCAAAUGAAAACUACUGUUGCAAAUGUUGUGAGGAACUUCAAAAUAACUACAGAUUAUAAAUCAAUCGGAGAACUUCAACUUGAAUCUUGCGUUACGAUGCGGGUUGUUAAUAUAUCUAACUGUUAUUUUGAGCCUAGGAAAUAUGUAGCAUAAUAACACUUGUUUAAACAUAAAUAGUAUAUUACAAUCCAAGACGGGAAAUGCUUAUCAUAGCUGGUCAAGAGGUUAUAUAUAUAGUUUAUCGAGACGCGUAGCGUCGAGAUGAACUAAACCUCGAGACAGCAAUGAAGUUUCCCGUCGAGGUCUGUAUACUAUUUAAUUUUUAACCAUGAUUUCUUGAAAAAAAAAAAUUCGUGACAACCAAAUCGAACCAAAUGAAGUCGGGAAUUGACGACGGGAAAUUAGGACGGGAAAUUUUUUCCUACUCCAUUGUCCGUCGUAGGACGGGAAAUGAGGACGGAAAAAAUUUCUCGUCCUCACUUCCCGUCCAGGGUGCGGGAAAUGGAACAGGAAAAUGAAAAGACAGAAAUGUGACAUUUUCAAAUUUUUAAAAAGUCAGUAAUGUUAACAUUUCAUAUAUGGUUAAAAAUAAAAUGUAUUAGCUUAUUUCAACUGGCCAUUAUUAAAUACCUAUUCACGGAAAGGAAACAAAUAAGAAAAUUACAAAUUAAUUUAUUAUAACCGAGAUUAUAACAUUUCAAAAUUGCUAUUUAUGCAACAACAAAGUGUGCAGAGUGAACUUGAAAAAGGUGCUUGCAUACACAUUUUUUUCUACUACCGACAAUAUAAUGCCAUAUAUUUGAAAAAAAUAUACCCUAACUUUACGCCUUAUAUAUAGGUAGCGUAAAGUAUACCUUACUUCACAAUUGAAGGUGUAAAGUAAAAUCAUAUUUUUAAUGCAAAAAAAGGGCAGCAAUGGCUUUUAUAAUGUCAAAUUUUAUACUUGGAUAUUUAUGCAUUUUUGCCAAGAAUCCCUAAUAGGUAGGUACAAUUUAUUAAAGAUUUUUGUUUACUUCACGCACUAGUGUGCAAAGAAAAUUACUUAACGCACGGUACCUAGUAGAAAAAAGUUGAAUAAAUUGUUAUUGUGUUUCUUUUCAAGAAUGCAUAAAUACACUCAACUAUAAAAUUUAACAUUGAAAAAGCCUUUGCUAUCCUUUUUUGAAUUUAAAAUGUGAUAGGUAUGUAUUUACUUUACAGUAGGUUGUGAAGUAAUAAGUUACACUCGAAGUUACAUAGGUAGGUACCUACUUUACUUUAGACAGUAGGGCUAAAGUUGUGAUAAUUUUUUUAAAAUUUAUGGCUUUUCAUUGUUAGUAAAAUCUGUUUUUUUUUUGUUUAAAGAUAAAAGUCAAAAUGACAUUAUGUUGGCAAUAAUACAAUGUAAAAUUGUCGAUGCUUUCGAUUUUUUUAAGUAGAAAAGGCUUGUGUUGCCAACAUAGUUACUACAUUUUUGACAUGGGGAAUUAUCUUUAAAAAAACACAGACUUUAGUAGCAAAUAGCAAAAAUUGUAUGUAACAUAUAUGUUUGUAAAGCCCCUUUUCUCACUCGUGAGAUUGUUAUUUCUCAAGUUUCAGUUUACACACUUUUUGCAUGGAAAGCUAUUUUCCUACGACCACAUACGAAAAUGACAAAAUCCGCACUUGUUGGCUCUUAGAAAAGUGCUAAAUAUCACACGCGUGCCGAAAGUACUUUCAAUACGUUUUGCGUCCUGUAAGUACACACAUCAAAAUGGUCUAGAGAACAAGAUAAUAUCUAUACUUAUCAGAAAUUUUUUCCUGAUUUUAUUAUAAAAUAUUUAAACUAAACAAACUUGCAUAAACAAGCCGAU